CCCAAGAUGGCGGAGCCGCCCAGUCCGGGUCGUGGCGCGGCGCCCCCCGAGCAGGAGCUGCUCGGCGCCAGGACGGCCCCGGACGCGAAAGGUUCCCGCGGAUCCCAGCCGGCCGCCAAGAAGGUGAAGGGAGCCGAGGAGCGGAGCUUGAAGGGCGCUAAGCGCGUCAACGGUGAAGGGGGCGGCGGUGGCGGGAGCGCCAAGCAGCCGCUGCCCGCGGUCGUGCCCGGCUACAGCGGCCCCGGGCCAUGGGGCUUCGCCGCGCUGCCCUCGGGCCCCUCGGCGGCCGCGGGGGGCUUUGCGUUCCCUUCCCCGCUGUCCCGGAAGCUGCUGCCGCCCGCGGUGCUGCUGCCGCCGUCCGCCUCCCCCUCCUCGUCCCAUCCGCAGCACCAGCACCGCCACCACCGGCACCGCCCGGCGCUGGCGGCCGAGGCGGGAGGCGGCGGCGGCAGCGCCAAGCCCAAGAGACCCAAGGAGAAGCGGGACAAGGAGAGGAGGAAGCACGGGGCGCUGCCCGUUGUGGCGGCGGCGGGAGAUGGCGGCGGGGCCCUGAGCCGGGAGGAGAACGGGGAGGUGAAGCUGCUGUUCCCCAAAGGUCAAAUCAAAGACAAAGUUAAAGAAAGGGAGAAGAAGCAAAAAGAAAAGAAGAAGCACAAACUAAUGAAUGAAAUCAAGAAAGAAAAUGGAGAGAUCAAAUUACUUCAGAAAGGUGGGAAGGAGAAACCAAAAACCAAUGCAGAAGAGCUACAGAUUAAAAAAGUUAAGAAGAAAAAGAAAAAGAAACAUAAAGAGAAUGAGAAGAGGAAGCGUCCAAAAAUGUACAGCAAAUCUAUUCAGACCAUCUGCUCAGGAUUGGUUUCUGACAUUGAGGAUCAGGAAGCCAAAGGCAUCAUGGAUGAUCAUCUUAAGGAUUUCAAUGGGAAAAAUAUGGAUCCCAAGAAGGACUGUGAGUCCAAGAUACCAGAGAACAGUGAGUUUCCAUUUGUCUCGUUAAAGGAGCCACGGGUUCAAAAUAAACUCAAAAGGUUGGACACAUUGGAGUUCAAACAGCUGAUUCAUAUUGAGCACCAGCCUAACGGAGGUGCAUCAGUUAUCCAUGCCUACAGUAAUGAACUCUCCCACUUGUCUCCUGUGGAGAUGGAGAGAUUUGCAGAAGAGUUUGUGGGUCUGGUUUUUAGUGAAAAUGAAAACUGUGCAGCUUACUAUGUAAUGGGUAUUGUUCAUGGGGCAGCUACUUAUUUACCUGACUUUUUAGACUACUUUUCGUUUAAUUUUCCCAAUUCACCAGUGAAAAUGGAGAUUUUGGGAAAGAAAGAUAUAGAGACAACGACUAUGUCAAAUUUUCAUGCUCAGGUAAAAAGAACAUACUCUCAUGGUACGUAUAGAGCUGGCCCAAUGAGACAGAUCAGCCUGGUUGGAGCAGUUGAUGAGGAAGUGGGGGAUUACUUCCCUGAAUUCCUUGAUAUGUUGGAAGAAUCACCCUUCUUAAAAUGUACACUGCCAUGGGGAACCCUUUCUAGUUUAAAAUUAGAGAGUCGUAAGGACAGUGAUGAUGGUCCCAUCAUGUGGGUACGGCCAGGAGAGCAGAUGAUCCCUGUGGCUGACAUGCCAAAGUCACCUUUCAAAAGGAAGAGAACUACCAAUGAAAUCAAAAACUUGCAGUACCUACCUCGAACCAGUGAGCCCCGUGAGAUGCUCUUUGAGGACCGGACGCGAGCCCACGCGGAUCACAUAGGACAAGGCUUUGAGCGACAGACCACGGCUGCUGUGGGGGUGUUGAAGGCUGUGCACUGUGGGGAGUGGUGUGAGCAGCCUCGUAUAACCAAAGAUGUAAUUUGUUUUCAUGCUGAGGACUUCUUGGAGGUAGUUCAGCGAAUGCAGUUAGAUUUGCAUGAGCCUCCACUCUCACAGUGUGUCCAGUGGGUUGAUGAUGCAAAGCUUAAUCAGCUGCGAAGGGAAGGCAUUCGCUAUGCCAGGAUCCAGUUAUUCGAUAAUGACAUUUAUUUCAUCCCGAGGAAUGUCGUGCACCAGUUCAAAACAGUCUCAGCUGUGUGUAGUUUGGCUUGGCACAUCCGGCUCAAGCUCUAUCAUUCAGAGGAAGAACUCUCUCAAAACACAAAUCCUGUUGAAGCAGGGACCUCUGCAGACCCCAAGUCUUCGGUUGUUGGACUUCAGACUGACAGAGUUUGUACGGUGAGCAAAGAGACCUCCGAAGACACCAAAUUUGCAGAUGCUCUGCAGACCAAGUACCUGCAGCAGGAGUUUGUGCCCAUAAAACGUGAACCUCUUGCAUCCCUCAGAGUAAAAGAAGAGCCCAUGAAUGUUGAUGUUGCUGAAAAGACAGUGACGCCCAAUGACGUCGGGGGACAGAAUGUUCAGGCUAGGCUGGGUCACGCCGAGUUGACAUCACUAAAGUUGGAAAUGGAUUCUAAAUUUGAAACCGGCAACAAGGACUUACAAGGCAAGUUGUGCUCUGGAGGUCACGUACAUCCAGAUGAUACAAGACAGCCUAGCUCGUCAUAUCCAAAAUUGCACGGACAAAGAGAGGAUGAUUUUUUGUGCUAAAUUUGUAUAUAUGGUUUUAAAUUCCUUUUUAAACUUAAUGAUGUAAUAAUGUAAAGAUCAUAAAUUGUGAGGCAAGUUUGUGACUUGUCUUCGCAUCUGUUACAGAAAAUAGUUAUGUAGCUUUGUAACAUUCCUCAGUGCCUGUCCAUAACUGUGAAGUAUCAAAGCACUUAGGGCCAGAUGCACUGUAAACACUGCAGGUUUAACAUAAAGAAGUCUUUAAAUAAUUUUGAGUUGUAGGUUUUAGAGUAGAGCUGACAUUUAACAUAUAUAUUUUUUGUAAGAUGAGCCAGAAUUCUUUUUGACAAUUCCAGGCUUUUCCAUAGAGCUUAUUUAUACCAAUUUUUUCAUUUUAAAUGUGUCAGCACUGUAGUGUAAAUAUCUUUUUUAAGAAUCUUUUUAGUGUGAUUUAUACUGAAAUGUGAGCCGCUUAAUAAAGGUUCAUAAUAACAGAUUGGUUUUAUUUUUGGGUCUGCAAAAAAUAAUUCAGUUCAACUGCCUCUCUUAGUGGUUAUGUUUCUACCUGCCACUAAUGCAUAGGAUGCCCUUAUGCCUUGAGGGUGAGGAGCUGUAGCAAACUGAGGUAGAGCUGAGGCAUCUCUGUAAAUGCAGAUUAGUCAGAAGGCAGAAUCAGUCCUCCCUUGACACAGUUCCUUAUUCCAGGCACUCCCCAAACUCCUGCUGUCAGAUACUCAUGAGGAACAGGGAGUCAGACUGGCUGUUUGGAGGGCACUUGGACACACAGUGGGCUCCAGGAGUGCUGCCAGUGCCUGCCUGCAUCUCUCUAGAUGAGCAGGUGCAAGGGAGCAAACUCUCCUGGGCUUUGCCUCUUGGCCCAGCUCAGGGCACAGUUCAGACAGUUCCACUUCCCAUUAAAAAGAAACAAAACAAAAACCAACCAAAAAACCAACAAACCCACAAAACAAGCCAAAAAAGCGACCACUCCCUCAAAUCUGUUAUCUGACUGCAAUUAAAAGAAUAUUUAAGUCAUUACUUACCAAGCUAAAAUUUCCUCAACUUUGGCAGUGACGUGUAAUUCACAGAGACAUACUGGAUUUGAAUUGUCCCUGUGCUGACAGUGCCAGGCAGUAAAGAGGCUGUGUUGCCAAUAUGUGUAGUGGGAAGGCUCCUCAUGAGUCACAGUUUGGAAGCAAGACGUGUUUCAUUAAGGAAAUAACAGCAGUGUCCAAGUUAACUGUUCUCUUUCCCUAUCUAUGGAACACUUGGAUUCUUUUAGGUUGUGUUCUGAGGGAAAAGAAUUUCAAGGCUAGCUAGCAU